CGGCGUUGCGUCGCGGCUUUCAUUAGACGGCUCUGACUCUGCCCACUGCGUAGCCCGGAGUUGCCAUUACUGCCGCAAUACAGAGAGGCAUUAGAUACGGAAUCGUGACAUUGGAUCUGCAUCAUACGUCUCGCCCUCUCAAUUGGGUUCUCCAGUGCUGAGAGUCCAUGGGUCUCUCUCAGACACCACGGAGUUGUGCGCGGUUUCGGGACCGCCUCGCAGCCCUAGCAUUAUGGCGUUCGAAAGUACUGCUGUCAAGUGGGAAGAGCCUUUUCGCUGUCCGUGCUUGUGGAUCAGAGCGCAUGAUGCGAGUUCAAAUCUAACCAGACUUAUCUCCUCAGCGCGCACAAGGGUAGCCACGCAGGAUCAGCAACCUUACAGCCAAGACAUCAUGCACCUACGUCCUAUAUGUUAGAAGCAACGUCGGCUGAAGGCUUCAACCAGCGUUGGGGCAGGACGGAGAUUCCCGCUCCUUCCCAUAAGUCAAGUCUGCGUCACCUUUUCUCUCAGGAACGGGUCGAUCCUCAUUCCAUCAAUCUUAAACAGAGUGCCAACGCUCUCGUUGCGCCACUCGAACGAAUUGUAUCCACUACCAAUACAAGGUUCGCAGACAAAAUUAGAAGUCAGAAUUCGUCAUUCCCAAAAAGAACAUUCAACUCUAGCUACAGUCGCGCUAGCGCUUUAAUGAUUAGGUUAAUAGAGCUUCGUAAUGCUGGUAAAGGGUGUCACAUCCCUGCAAGCAUCACGGACGACCGUAGUACGCAUCAGCCAGCCGAUGUCCCGGCCUCAAGAUCUAGCGCUCAGGCUAAGACAAAUAAAAGUAGUAUUACAGCGUCCACUACUUCCGCGAUGCAAGGGCAGCAGGGAUGCACCCACGCACAGAUUCUCAAAAAGCACACUUCCUCUCCAAACAAUCCUACGUGGACAGCUCGUCCAGACUUUGAUCCUGAAACCUACGGGGUGGAGCAGAGACCACCAGAUCCUGCAUUCAGAUGACGUUGAACCUAUGGCGAUCGUGCAACAUCUUGGAUACUGUUCUCUCGGUGUGGUGCACUAGGUACGCCGCGCCAACACGUCGUUACUAACUUCUGUACGUAAGCGUAGGAGAUCGUGGACUGGAGGCAACCUCUAUAUACCUCAUAUUG